AUGGAGGUGUUUAACAAGUCUGGUUUGGGCAAGCGGAUCCCUGAUAUCUUGGCUACUCAUUCAUACAGAGCAGGUGAGGAGAAAUCUAUGAGAGAGAUGUUGAUGGCCAUGCAAAGACAGGCUCUACUUGAGCAAGCUGAAGCUGAAAGAAAUGCAUAUUCACAAAAUUCUAUUGAGAAGGAUCAUCAUAUCCAAGAGCCGAUAAUCACGGUCAAGAAAGUUGAGACUGGAGCUACUCACCUCCUGCCUAAAACUUUUCGAUUAGUUGUGGUUGUAGGGGAAGAACCUAAGAGCAACCUGGAACUGCUCAAGGAAGACUGUAAAUCGGCUGUUUUUGAUGCGGAACGUGGGCGAGCCAGAUUAUCAAACAACCAACACAAAUGGAGUAUGUACGUCAUGACAACAAAAAGAGAUACCUUUUCAUGUGUCGAGUGUUCUCCCGACUCUUUAAUAUCCUCCAUUAACAGUUCUGGGGACGACAUGGUCAUUUUCCCACCCCCUUUCCCCAAUUUCAUCACCAUGUUCAUGGCCUUCAUCCUUCCCUCUUCUGCUAACCUGGUGCGAUUUCUCGCCUCCUCCAACUCCAACUCCCUAACCUUCAUUGCCCCAUCCAUCUCCUUUAUGACCUCCAGCAACCGAGAGCAAGUCCCGGCUCUAAUCUCGACCUUGAGACCAUUGGCAUACUCAACCAUGGGACCACACAUCUUCUGA